AUGGCACAGAUUUUGCCCAAUCCAGCCACAUCUUCGUCUUCCAUUGCAGCACAACGAAACCUGGCACAGAGACCGCUGGUAUCUUCUUCAGCGGCUGCCUCAUCUCUCAAACCCGCUCCAUCAAAGCCGCCUUCUUCACGGCUGGCGCCAGCACCGUCUUCUUCCAUUGCUGCAGCGCCUCUACGUUCUGCUGCACCAUCGCCUCCGAAGCCCAAACCAGCAACGCUAGCGCCCACGCUCUCUGCCGCUCCUGUACCCUCGACCUCCACUGCAUCCCCUGUUGCCAAGAAGGACACCAGUGGCGCACCUCUUGUUCAGCCAUCCAAAGAAUGGGUCUUGCCUGCGCGCGCCAAGCCUGGUCGCAAGCCUUCCGAAACCGAACCCCUUACUAAGCGCAAAGCUCAGAACCGUGCCUCUCAACGUGCUUUCCGCGAGCGCAAACAGUCUUACCUUGCAGAGCUCGAAGCGAAAGUUGCUGCCUAUGAAGCAGCCGAAAUCGACCGUAGCGUCGAGAUUCAAAAGGUCGCCCAAAAGCUACGAGCCGAGAACGACUCUCUGCGCAAAGAAGUUUCGGCAUGGAAGGAAAAGUUUGCUCAAAUCGAGAAGUACCUCCUUCAGGCAAAGGCUAACGGAGGCAGACUUCCAGGCAUUACGCCAAGCAACAGAUCUGGCCCAGGAUGCAAGGCUCCAGCGCACGAACGUUCGUCAGCUGUACCCAAAAGAGGCGUUUUGAUUGCACCUGGUGCAAAGAGCGAGCGCGAUCGGGAGAGGAGUGCUGGUGGAGUAAGAUUUGCUGAUGCUAAGCCAGACAAGCCCGCGUUGCAGGCGGGCUCUUCAACUGAGGAGCAGCAAGCAGCGUCUGUGCCCCUUCGACCGAAGCCGAUCGGAGUCUCACUUCCUGUUCCGCCUCCUGAUGCUGUGGACACUAUCCCGUCUGCUAGCCUAGACGACACCGCCAGCGACGAUCAGGGCUCGCUGCCCGAGACUGGAAAGGUAGCUCCGCGCAAAGCCUCUAAGCUACCUCUCUGGUCUUUUGAGUCGACAAAGCCGCCCUCCCCCGAUGCCCCUUCGUUAACUAUCUCUGCCACCACAAGCAGUGAUGACAAGCCCACCUCACUCCUAUCACCAUCUCUCAUGCCGCAAGGUGGCCAUCUUUCUGUCGGAGGAGGCUGUGGCUUUUGCACCGAGGCUUCUCCCUGUGUUUGCGCAGACGACUUUCUUGAUCUUUCGACGCAGACACCGCCGUCACAUAUUGCCGUCAUCAGCGACGUUGCAUCUGCAGUUCCACUCCCUAAGCGUAGACCAGCUUCAGGCGCAUCAGAGACGUCGAGGAGGAUGAGCAUCGGCUCGCUCACACAUGCCAAUGACCUGGCCCUCGAUCAGCGCAGGCGCACCGCUUCGAAUGGCACAGGCAAAAAGCUCUGGUACACUGUCACACAGCCUGCCUCUCCCCCGGGGUACUCGGUCACUGCUGCCGUGCCGCUGUCACUCAAAUCUACAUCAAAGGGCAACCCCAGCAAGAAGCUCUGGACGGUCACGGAAACGCCUGCUGAGCCGGUGUGCACAGGUGAUCCUAGCACUUGCGGCGCUUGCUCGACCGAUCCUGGUCUGGCCGCAUUCUGCGAAGCCGUCACCACCGCCACUGCCUCUCCGUCUUCAUCAGUACCCUCUUCUGCUGCUGCUACCGCGUCAUCUCUGUCCCCAUCGCGUCCAGGUAUGUCGCGUUCCGGAACGACUGGUCAACUUCUUCCUCCCUACCCAUCACGAGGUGAGACAAUCCCAUCGGCAUGGCGUCAGAUUCGCUCGCAUCCGCGUUUCUCGCAGUGGCAAGGUGGUCUCGACCUUCUCGCCGAAGUCGUCAGCAAGCGUAGUGGCAACGUUCAUUCUCCUCUUCUCUCCAGCAAACGGCCUCGCGAAGCAUCUGUCGAGAUCGAGCCUUCUCGCUCCAACACCAUCUCGGCUACCAGCAACGACCGUGCUACUGCCAAACCGCUCUUGCUUCACACCACCUCGGACACAACUGUGCACACAGUGCCGCAAAUCAAAACGGAAGAUGAAGAUGAUGGGCUGGACGCCCGUGAGCAGAAGCGCAGGCGGAUCUUGAUCGAUAGGGAGGCCGUGCAGGAGGCUCUGGCUCUGUUGGACGCUGGUACUGCAGCGCAGCCUAGAGCAGGCGCGAGUCUGAGCACCAAUCCGGGAACUGGCAAAGAAGAACAACCCUGCCCUUGUCCCUGGCGUCCUGGCGAAAGGCGGACACCUUAA